CAACAAAGGUAGCGCGUCGGGCUGCUCGAUGGAAGGAAAGAUGGAGGAGAAUCCCGUGAAAGACGCUGAGAUUGGCAGUGAAGCUGGCGGCGAGGAGGCCUUGGUAGGGAAUGUCAACAAGCUCGCAGUCAGCCCGCCAGGCUACUCAGGAUCUCCAAGAAAAGGACAUCUGGUUUUUGACGCUUGCUUCGAGAGUGGGAACCUUGGCCGUGUUGACUACAUCAGCGAAUUCGAGUUUGACCUCUUCAUCCGGCCCGACACCUGCAACCCUCGAUUCCGAGUCUGGUUCAACUUCACAGUGGAGAACGUCCGAGAGACACAGAGGGUCAUUUUCAAUGUGGUCAACUUCUCCAAGACCAAGAGCCUCUACAGAGACGGCAUGUCUCCAGUAGUCAAGUCCACCAGCAGGCCAAAAUGGCAGAGGCUUCCAACCAAGAACGUCUACUACUACCGCUGCCCGGACCACCGCCGCAACUACGUCAUGUCCUUUGCCUUCUGCUUUGACCGAGAAGACGACGUGUACCAGUUUGCCUACUGCUACCCGUACACCUACUCCAGACUGCAGCACUAUUUGGCCAGCCUGGAGCGCAGGAACCUUCCUUACCUGCAGAGGGAGCAGCUAGGACUCAGCGUGCAACAACGCCAUCUGGACCUGCUGACCAUCACCAAUCGCAAUUUCAGGCCGGAGCACCGAUCAGACUUUGACGAUGAGAAAGUGUAUCUGGUUCACACAAGUCAACGCAAUGGCAGCACAGGCCAGCCGUGCCAAGCUCACAUCCUCGCCCUUGCAGAUACUGUAGAGGAGUUGGAAGACUUUAUAAUGCAAAAGAAGAUGAAAAUUCCCAAGAUGUCCAUCAAGAGUUCAGGAAAUUCAGUUGCAAACAGUUUUGGAGAGGAGAGGAUGCCUCUCAGGCAUAAAAAGGCCCUAACUCAGGACCACGGACGCCCCAUUUCCAACUCCUCCAAAAGUUUGGCGGCUGUUGUAGCCCGCUUGGAGAGAAACGCGGCCAGCUCAUGCAUGGAGGGCGAAGAGGAUCUGGAUGAGGACCGACUGGCCGAGGAGGGAGACGAUGCGGACGACGAGGAUGAAGACAUGGUAGCAGAGCAUCAUCGGCAACAACAACAGCAGCAGCAGCCGCCGCAACAGCACCUGGAGGUGGACUCGGACGUGGCGGCAGCGGUCGUUCCUCGGGUCCUGUACGAGGAGCUGGUCCUCAGCUACAGGCAGCAGGAGGAGGAGAUGCGGAGCCUGCAGCAGGACUUGGAGAGAACGCGUCGGCAGCUGGUGCAGCAGACCAAGAAACUCAAAGAGUACGGCAGCUUGCUGACUGAGGUCAAAGAGCUGAGGGACUUCAAUCGAAGGCUGCAGGACGUGCUUCUCAUGAGGCUGGGCAGCGAGCCGAUGCAUGACAAUGGCACUCAGACAAUCAAAGCUGAAGUGGUGGAACCCAUUGUUGAGGCCCAGGAAACCUUCAGAGAAGAAGCCAACACCAGUUCUAGCUACUCACCCUCUCCCAGAACAGUCUACACCUGCAAUGAUGGCAAGGUACACCUUGGUGGUGGGAUCUGGGUGGAGGAAGAGAAGUGGCACCAGCUGCAGCGUACCCAGGGAGACUCCAAGUUCACAAAGAACCUGGCUGUCAUGAUCUGGGGCACGGAAACCCUGAAAAACCGUAGCGUCACCGGAGUGGCCACCAAAAAGAAGAAAGACGCCCUUCCCAAACCUCCGCUCUCACCGAGCAAGCUAAAAAUCGUCAGAGAGUGUCUCUAUGACCGAGUGUCCCAAGAGACUGCAGACAGUGCAGAGAUUACGCAGAGAUUGUCCAAAGUGAACAAAUACAUUUGUGAGAAGAUCAUGGAUAUCAACAAGUCCAUUAAGAACGAGGAGCGGCGGGAGUCCAAGCUGCUCAUCAGACAGACAGUCAAGAUGGAGAACUUUAACUACGACGGCAUGUAAAGAAAGGUGUCACACCAGCAUCUUCUGCGCCGUCCCCUCCCCGUCACACGGUCGGCGGCUGUGGGAGGGGACUUAUUAGGGGGCUUUGAGACUGAUCAUCACAGUCUCAGCAGCACUGCUACUCCUUUGACUCAUUGGAUUGGUUAUGAUGUGAAACACAAAAAGGCCCCUUUUUAAAAGCCAGCACCUUCCUCCAGCUUGCCCAUGAAGGUACAGACAGCUUUACCCACCAGCCGGAUCCUAAACACGUGCAAACUGAUGGAACUAAGUGUGAGUGUUUUGUUUUAAAUAAGCUUUAUGGGAUCGGUACACAGAUACGGUGUAUAGUGUUGAAAGAGACUGUAAAAAAUCAUGUAUUGUUCUGUGUCAGAACAUCAUUUCGAGUCCUCUACGCUUUUAAAAAGUACAAGAUGAUUCCCCUGCAGAAAAGUCUUCAGAUGCUGUGAAGGUGUGUGUUAGAAGUCGCACAGUUGGAUGUGUUGUUGAUGUUUAACGGUUUUGCAGUCUGUACCGAACGGACGUGUUGACCACGAAUAAUUAGUCUUAAUUAGUCACGUGUUAGUUGCAAAAGAGACUGUUGCUGCAGGAGAUUGUUGUGGCCGUGACUUUUACGUCGAUCGCUGCGCAGGAUUUUAUAGAAGCUUUUCUUGUGAGAGUUUAGUCGGAUUUGUGCGAAACUGUACUUGAACUGAUGUUUUUAAGGAUUAAAAAGAAGAAAAAAAACCAAGGUAUUUGGUGAAAAGAAUAUGCCCUAAAAAAAUGCGGAUCUUUGAGCCUCCAAAGUCAAACACCCGUGACAGUGGCUGACUGCCAAAUUUCCAAGCUAGUUUAGAUACCUCAAUUACACCUCAAUCGAGGGCUGCGAUAAAUCAUCUGGAUCUCGUUUUGAUUAAUUGAGUAAUCGGUUAGGCCAGGGUUCGGCAACCCACGGCUCUUCAGCCUCAUUGUUGCGGCUCCCACCCCAAGCUUUGUGUUUUUGUUUAACGCUGGAGUAGAGGAAAUGUGCAUUUUCGAAGAGGGUUUGUUUGAGAAAAUGUCUGACUCAACGCAAGUACAAGAGGAGGCAAAAUGGAUCUUUUGACGGCUGCUGACCCCCAGGUUGGGCCCUUGACGGAGCACAUCAGUAUGAAGCAAACACAAAGAGUUUGUGGUUUGCUGUGCAACAUAUCAGAAAAGAGGCAUGUCGAUCGCUGUUGUCCAAAGUCAAAGCUGAUGUGUGUGAUUAUCUUGUUUUGCCUGAAAAAUCAUGCAUGACUCAGGAAAUGAAAAAUAAUUUAAUAUGAGAGGCUGAAAUCAGAGGAUAUUUAUAUUUUUAAAUAAAAAAAACUAUGAAUUGAAUACCACCAUAGUUGUCGAUUAACUCCUUCAAUCCCAGCCAUUCUUCAAAAGACAACCCCUUCAGUACAGUACAGGCCAUUUUAGAUAUUGUCUGAUCUUUCAAGGCACACAGAAUAUUGUGUUCUAUGGCUAUAUAAACACGAAACCUACCAAAAGAAAGAUUAGACCUCCUGUCUUUCAUCAGAAAAAAAUGUGUUUCUACCUUUUUUCCUUCUUUAGUAACCAGCGGUAGAACAUAGGGAAGUUUCAGGAAAAUAUCACUUCCCAACUAAAAAUUGGGGAAAAAAACAGCUUUUUUGGAAAAGAUUCAUUUCAAGCAUAACUUUCACUUUGACACAAAUAUUUUUUGCUUUUGUGACAGCUGAAAUAUAAACUGUACCAACAUAAACACAAAAAAGGAUUGCUUUAGCGGCUCUAAAAGGGAUAUCCAUUAGUGUGCAGUGUCGUCAUUACCUCUUUUUGCCUCUUGUGCAAAGCGUAAAAGACGUACAAAUACAUCUUUGGGAUUGGGUGUUGGGGUUUAUAAAAACGUAUAAAUAUGUCUGGUAUUGAAUGAGUUAAUUGGAUAAUCCGUUAAUUAUCGAUUCGUCUGAAUCCAUGACCCCCUAGUAUUUAUUAGCAUUCAAUGAUCUUUGUAUUUCAUGAUGGUUGCAACAAUAUUGUUGGGUGUUUCACCUCUGAGUGUUUUAUGAUGUUUAUUUCCACUUCCAUGGUGAUGGCUUUCCUUUUCUUUGGCGCACUCCCUCUUGGGAGACAGAAGUGAACGAAAAUAGCGACGUUAUCCUUUCUCAGUGUAGCUGAGGAAGCACAUUCUUCCCUAACUAGUCCUCCAGCGAAUCCCAUGUUUACGGCCCAAAAUGUUGAAUUCAUUCACGGGAGCACAUUCGCAACCACAAAACAUCGUAAACCGAGGACCACCGGUAAUCGUAUUGUUCACAUUGUCCUGACCAGCCUGACCCUUUCCAGGCGUUUCACAGCAGGUUCACUCAUGAUGACUUCGUUUGACUUUUGAAUCGGAUUUGUCCAGAAAAUGUUGGUAGAAUUCCAAAUUGGACCACUUUUGGGGCUGUUGACUUUGGAGGCUCCGCUUUCUUAAGUGCGUCAUGUCCGCCAUGUUUACGAAGCGUGAUCUUUCUGCACAAUUUCCUUUUAAUGUCCUACUUUAGAAGGCGUACAGAGAUUAAUGGUCCAGUGCUAUGUUGCUAUUUACACAUUGACAGCACAUGGAAACAUGUUGGUGUGAUUCCCUUGUGUGUGUGGGUGUGUGUGAGUCUUAAUCAAGGCAGACAGUGUGACUGUUGAACAUGUCAUUGUGGAACAGGAAAGGCCUUAAAUGGAUUUGGCAAUCACCAGGGCCCUGGUAUGGCCUUGGGUUUUCUAGCGAGCUGUGAUUGUAGUCGAAGCUGAAGUCCGGAGACUUCGCCUGCACUUUGCUGUGAGAAUGUCGAGCUGGCUUUAGGUACUGUUAUUUGUGUGCGCACGCCGUUAAAGUCAUCCCAACACUCUGCUACUGCAGAGAUGGGGGCAGGGCGGGGGGGAGGUCAGACCUUCCUCUUGCGGAAGCUGUGGGUAAAGCUGUCUGAAGUGAUGCUGGGGUAUACUGUAUAUUGCGGGCCCCCUGAACCCCAAAGUAACCGUCUAUGGCCACCCCAGGGACUGUCCUUUUGUUCAAUUUGCUGUGUUACUUUGUCCCUGAAUGGCAAUUGUAAUUUCAAAAGUGUGACCCAACAGAGGCAAAACUGUGAACCUGCUGCAGAGCUGCCUAUCAAGCCUUUGCUCCUCUUCACACGUCUACAUUUUAUCCUCCUUGCUUUAUAUCGGCCCUUAUUUUUACUGCUAUGUCCAACGUUGAGUUCAGCCUUUUGUUAUGUACAUAAAAAUGUCUUAUUUUUCAUAUUGUUUUCAAUGUUUGGACAGUUGUCAAAGUGAUGUUGUUAUUCAUGUAUAUGGUUUCUUUCUCUCUCUCUCUCUCUCUAUUUGUUUUUCCAUAUGACUUGUUGGCUUUAGCCGUCAUCGGCACAAAAAAAACUCCCGAGCCUAAGUGAUCAAUGCGGACGCCAGGCUGGAUCUCCUAUUAGGGCCCAUUGGAGAAGCCUGAUUUGGAUUUUCGUCCAAGGUGACAAAUUAUGACAUUGAAUGCACUUUAAUCUUAAAUUUGUGGUAAAUUUGAGGUGUUACGCUUUUUUUUUUAUUUUUUAAAUGUCUGAAUACUAAAUUAAUUAUGGCCAAACAAUCAUUGUAUUAAUCUGAUGCACCUUAAAAAUGUAUCUUUGUGAGUGGCUGGAAUAAGUCAUGUGAUGACGUAACAAUGCUGAGCAGCCACAUGCUUGGUAGAUUUAAUAUCGUAAAUGCUCUAAUUAUCGCCUGGGUGUUUAUUUACCUAAACUGCAAAGAGGAAUCAUUGACCACGUGGUCAUUCGCAGCAACAGAACCAAUGUAGUAAUAGCAGGCGCUGCUCUGUCAGCAUCAAAAGCGCUGACAGGUUGAUUGUACAUACAGUAAGGCAUGUGGAACACCAACAGCUCAGUCUCAACAUUUUAAAGCGCAUGAAGAGGUAGAUAAAGCUGCUGGUCACUCGUGACUCUUCUGGAGCACUUGAACUUGGAUUGGCUGACGAUGAUUUUCUUAGCCAAUUAAGCUGAAGCUUGUUGUUUCGAGUAAUCGGUUAGGCUCUAGACCAGGGGUGUCCAAACGUUGUUUCCUGCGAGGGCCACAGAGUGAAACAUGAAAGGAUGCAAGGGCCACUUUGAUUUUCCUAAGAAGUUUUAUAGAUUGAAAGAAAAAACUGUUAAAAAAAAGUCUAUUACUAGUAUGAACUUUGCUCUUUUUUUCCUUUUUUUUUCAAAUUUUUCAAAUAUUUCAAAUGUCUUCUUCAGUUAUCUUCAUACAUUUGUGUUUUGUAACUUUAUUCCCAAAAUAUUUGGACUUUAUUCCCAUAUUAUUAUAACUUUUCCCCAACUUAAUAUUCCAACAAUGACAACUUUAUUUUGUUUUUCAUAAUAUUACGACCUAAAAAAAUUGUUCUUCAAUAUAUCAACUGCUACUAAAAUUCAAUUUUUUCGUUACUCUCUCUUUAUUUUUCUCGUUAGAAUACGAGUUUCUUGUCUUAACAUUUGAAUAAAAUUACAACUGUUUUUUUUUUUUCAUUUCUGCUGGAGUUUUUUCCCCAACUAUUUAAACUUUCUUCUUGUCAUUUUUUCUCAUAAUUAUGGCUUUAUUCUCAGAAUAUUUUGACUUCAUUUCUGUUGUAUUAUAAUGCAACGUAUUAUUUUCCGCAACCAAAUUUUUCAAAAAUUGCAACUUUAUUGUUUUUUUUUUUUAUAUACUUUCUUUUUCUGUAAUAUUUCAGCUUUUUGCUAUGAAAAGGAUGUUAUUUUUUCCUCAUAAUAUUACAAAGUAUGACUUUCUCAACUUUUUUCUUUAAUAUUUUGCUGUUUGGUUGGGGGGGUUUUGAAGGUUUUGAGUUUUCUUGUGAGAUUAUUUAUAUUAGAAUGUGCCGCGGGCCGCACUUUGGACACCCCUGCCCUAGCCGGCCCACACCAACAUGUGCCAAAUACAAACAAUUAGCGGUUUGGUCCGCAACGUGUCAGAAAAGAAGCAAAAAUGUUUGCCAAAGUCGAAGCUGGUGUCUGUGAAUUUGACCUAAAACACAAAGAUAAUUGCUGGAGGACGAAGGAAAGUCAAAAAUAUUCACAUUUGGGAGGCUGAAGUCAGAGGAUUAUGAAUAUGAAUAUGAUAUGAAUGGCAUACCAAAAUGGCUGUCCAUUCAUUGGAUCGAUUAAUUGUUGCAGUCGGUGCCAAUGUUUUUUAAUGCGAGACCCUUGUGGUUCCUGAAACUCUUGUAGACCGUGCACCAGCGCAGGCAUUAAUUGGAGCAUUUCCGGUACUCAAAGAUGAUUGGGAGUGAUUUAAGAAGUGUACAAUAUGAGAUCAUUGUUGUUUUUCCAAGUAUGGUCAGUAUGAGCCGAAGGGUUCAUGCGAUACGAACAGGAUGCUGGUUGAUGAUCAGCGUGGUUUGCACAUGGCAAAAAAAAACAAAACAAAAAACACCGGACCCAAAUUAAUGGACCUGGUAUUGUUCGGGUUUCUAAUCAUUUCUUGGACAAACCCACAAUGUGAGCUUUUACGAGUGCUUGCGAACAUCCGGUCAUUGUGUCAUGUAUUCGUUUUGUUGUUUGAUGCCAAAACGGGGGCGGGGUUAAGAUAACGCUUUAAAAAAAGGAGAUAUUCCACCACCUAACAUGUUACGUUUGAAUGGUCCGACUUGUGCAUCGAGGUACUUGAUGUCUAAGUUGAGUUGAUACCUGUAUAUCGUUAGCGCUUUCACACUCGCGUAGCGUUGAAACCUCACCAGCUCUGUGAUCCUCCUCCUGUGCCACUGACCGCAAAUCACACCGGGUCUUUUUAAAGAACCCGACCUCGAUCGAAAAAAGAUGCUUGUGAGCGUUUCGGGACGCUUUUGCAGUUGGUGUGUGUACAUAAGAAGACGUUCCGAUGCUUAACCGGGGGGAAGACAUUAUUUGCUCUAUAUUUUUAUUAAGGUAUCAGUAACUUUGUAUACAAUCCACAAACCGGUUCUACUUCAUCUAACUCUCACCGCCCUACCUCAUUGUUACUCUGGUGUUUGUUUGUCAGUGAACUUUGUGUGUGUAGUCAGAAAAAUCUCUAGUAAACCUGGUUACUCAACGUGUAUAUAUAAAAUACAUAUAUAUCUUCUAAUAUAAAACACCUCGAUUCACAAUGUCAUUGUUUGGGAAACGACGCGUUUACUGACCUGCUUCAUUCAGGAUGCUGCUGUGUUCUCUGCUCUUUGCUACAUCGUGCAGUCGGUGCGUGCUUUGCGUUGUUGCAGUCUGCGUUGCGUUGGGAGAUUUCUACUGGUUGACGGUGCUACCAGCAAACAGUUCUGUACGGAUCUGUCUCUCGGACCUCAAAUGGUGCUGUUUUUUCUAUGUUUUUACCCUCACAGGGAGUUAGGGGCGGGGGCUUGUUUUAUGCAGGCACUUCCACCACCACCACCACCACCACCGCUAGCCCCUCACUUUGGUGAAAGAAGCCAAAAGACUUUCCGAAAUGCUAACUAUUAACUCUGGCUGUUACUGUGUACCACGUAUGUGCUAUCCGCCCAAAUAACGUUCUAGUUGUGAGUUUCUCGAGUACCUCAGAAGCUUUUGAGUUUUUUUGAAAAGCCAAUGUUGCGAGUGUGUGUUUGAUCAAUGUUGAGGUCUGGUGCAGAGCGCACGAUGGCACCUUUUCAUGGGAUGUUUAUUGAUUGUCAUUGUUUGAGUUGUGACAUAACAAAUAGAUUCCAUUGACAGCCUGCAUGGCGUACUGUCCUGACCCGAACAUAAGACCACCCCUGCUUUCCAACAGCGAUUUUUCGGAUGUACAGUAAUCCCUCGCCACUUUGGCUGUGAAUUUCCCGGCUUCAGUCUCUCCCGUGCUAAGUCAUGGUGUUUCGUGGUUGAGUACGGCCUACUAUUCGUAAAAAAAUGCAUAUUUAAGCAAAUGUUAUGUAUCGUUUGCCUAACUGAAGCAUUCCCAAGAAUAAAAAUGGCAAAAUGAAUUAAAAUACUAUUAUAAGGCAUUCAAAAGACACAUUCAAAGAUGUUGUGAUCCAUCCAUCCAUCUUCUACCGUCUGUCCGAGGUGGGCUUGCGGGGGCAGCGGCGUAAGCAGGGAAGCCCAGACUUCCCUCAUCAUUCAGUUCCUCCCGGCGGACCCCGAGGCGUUCCCAGGCCAGUUGAGAGACAUUGUCUCUCCGACGUGUCCUGGGUCUUCCCUACCGGUUGGAUGUGCCCUGAACACCUCCCCAGGGAGGCGUCCUGGAGGCAUCCCGACCAGAUGCCUGAGUCACCUCAUCGGGCUCCUCAGUGCGGAGGAGCAGCGCUUCUACUCCGAGUUUCUCCCGGAUGGCAGUGCUUCUCACCUUAUCGCUGAGGGACAACCCAGCCACCCUACAGACACAACUCAUUUCGGCCGCUUGUGCCCACAAUUGUGUCCUUUCAGUCACAUGACCAUAGGUGAGGGUAGGAUUCUACACGGGUCACUAGGGGUCAGUAAUGUUACUGUAAUGUUCGGUGAGAUACACACUGAAGUCUUGAUGGUUGGAACAACAGGCUUUUAUUGCAGCUUUGAAUUACCUCUCACAACGGGCACAAUAAUCUCUAACGCAGACUCUGAACCACCAAUGUCACUUCCUGCCCCCCCACUCAACUCUCCUAGAACCAAAGCACAUUUACAGCAACACACACGAGCACAAGUCUUAUUUACGUCUUAUGAUACUUUAUUGAUCGGCAAGAGAAAUGAACAUUUCCAGCAGCUCUGCAAAAAUGUCAUAAUGAACUUAAUCACUUAUGUCUUAUUUUCUCUUAUGUCUACUAUGUCAGGUAAUAGGAGCGUACAGGUGACUUGAAGAGUGUUAUUUCAUGUCCAGAGGGCUCUAAUCAUGUUAAAAACCAGAUUUAGAAAGUCAUCUGCAAGUUUUCUAUGCUCAAACUACAGAAAACUUCUACCACUUUAUGAAAAUUCACUUAUCACAGUCGGAUUCGAACCAGUUAACCACGAUGAACGAGGGAUUACUGUAGCCUUUUUUAAAUGCCACUUUUCUUCAUUGAUUACCGUUAUCUUUAAUCACCAGCAUAACCUGUUUGCCGAUGAUGAUGAUGAUGAUGCGAACGCAUGUCUCCGGGUUUAUGGUGUGUGUGUGAAAUCUAACUAAUGUCGUCAAAAUAAGAGUUUUAUAUUCGGGUCAGUACAGUAAUAGCAGGAAAAAUACCAACCAAAAUGGUGAUGAUGGGAAUUAGUGAGGCAGUUUUUAGGAUUACUUUUACUCCUGCUUGCCACUACUGCAGUAGUCUUUCUUUCUCAGUACCAAUGUAGCAGUGAAGCUCGUAGACUUGUGACCACCGCUUCUAAAUACGCAUCGUGUGUUUUCUUUGCCAGUGGUUCAUGUGCUUCAACUAGGGAUGGGCAUUUCAUGACUUCUACUCCAAGAAACUAAUGAGUCAUUUGUGCCAUUCUUCAUGGGAAUGUUCUGAACUCCUGUUUGCAUCUGUAGCGUCCCGUGGUCACCUUACGACUGAAUCAGUGGCGCCUCUGCUGGCUGCAGCCGAGGACUGCGGCCUCUUUCACGCCACCCAUGAAUAAUAACUGAUGCAAACAAGGCCAUCCCGAGUUUGAACAGACCAGAAGACUUCUUGGGAGCUCGGUCGUCGUCAUUAGCGUAAAAGUGCGCUGCGCCGGCCUCUCUGGGUUUAAGUGCAUUGCCAGUGCUCAUUAGGGCAAGACAGGGUAAUUAACGUUCCAGUGCGUCGCCAUGAUAAUGUGAAAGACACUCUGAUGAUUUGAGUAAACGCUCCCCUCAGCCCGCUUUAGCCUCCCGGAGGCAGCAGCGUUCUAUACUACGCAAUAGUGUGUGUGUGUGUGUGUGUGUGCGUGUGUGUGUGUGCGUGUGUAUAUACAGUAUGUCUUUGCUCAACCGGCCACACCUCUCUGCUCUGCUGGCGAGAUGCUUAGCAAAUCCUCCUCUGUGUCUCUUGCUGCAUUUCAGGAACGUGUUUCAUGUCCAAAUGAAAAGCAAAAUAAAUCCAGACUUUUAUUCUAUCAGCA